AUGGCGGGGCAAUACGAAAAGCUCCCCAGUGACGAUUCAGACGACUGGCACACUAUCAUUGACGAGUCUGAGAAAGAUGAAACGGUGAAAUCUAGUGCUGGCAACGACAACAAUAACAAUAGCAACAACAUCGGACGAAUUCCAGGAAAUGUACAAGUAAACCAAGGAAGGACCAACAACAGAAACGCCGGUGCCUCUGCUGCAAAUUCUCGCAAUAUGCAGUACGAGUCCAAUCCACCAGGAGCCGGUCAUUGGGAGGAAAACCCCGACUCGAGAAAGCGCAAAGUGAAACAAAACAAAUUCAUGGUCUUUCUAUGCGACACGAGGAUAGGCAAGUGUGUCUUUUUCGGGUCCUUAGCCCUGCUUUUUGGGUUGUGGAUAUGGGGAUUGGUAAUAAUGGACGCGAAUACGAAGCAAUGCAUCCGAGAUUCUGGUGAUGGCGAUCCAUAUGGAAAAUGUCCUGGUCAUACCGCUUUACCGCUGGUGAGGGUUGCCCAGCCAGUGAUCCAAACUAGUCUGGUUCCUACGACGGUGUAUAUCAACAUGGCGACUACUACUGUCAACAUACCAACUACUGUCAUGACCACCAUGUCAACGAUAGUCACUACUGCCAUACCAACAACUAUCACGACGACCAUGUCAACUACCCUCUAUCAAACUCCUACUCCAGCUACGACAGACACCAUUCCAGUGGCUCCUACCUCCUCCAGUCAUUCCGAUUGCCCACAUGGCUGUCCCACACGAACAGACAAGCUAACACCACCGGAGAAUCUACUUCCUUAUAUAAUAUCGAUGGGUAUCUUAAUAUUGCCAUUUUUGGCGUUGCUUUUAGCGGCCCUAAUUAGCCUGGGAAAACUAAGACAGGAAGCUGCUCAGCUGGAAUCAUCACAGCCGCCUUCUUACAGCGCUCAACCGGACGGUAUUGAUGUAGAGCAAGGUUAUUGUACACAAGGAAAAUUCGGACUGGCCGGCGUCUCCAACACAGAAGAAAACUCUGAAGCGAAACAGUCGAUUGAUAUGCCCUUAUCUAGCGCAACAGACAACAAGCAGGUUGCUGUUAAUGCAAAAAGAAAAGCCGCGAUUAACCGAGAGACGGAGGAUGUUAAAUUUGUGCUGGUUGUUCUUUUUUUCCUUGUUGCUACGCUCGCCAUGGGUGUAAUUACAAUGACCACAGGACAUGUGAGGCAAUGGAGGGAAUGGAACAACUCGCAAAAAUGA